CGGGGCGGGGCCGCGUGCGCGGGGUUGGGUGCGCGCGGGCCGGAGCUGGCGAGGGACGCGGCGGCGGUUGGCGGUGGCCGCGCAGGGCUGUCCGGCGCCGGGAGAAGCCUCAGAGGAGGCGACCCGCCGCGCCAGCAGAGGCGGCGACCGCGGUCGAGGCGGCGGUCGGACGCGUGCUGUCUGGGCGGGGUGCGGCCGGGGAUGUGCCUGCCCAGGCCGGGCGGAGUCUCGCUGACAGGGCGGGGGAUGCGCGGCCGCCGCUCGCCGGGACCCUGAGGCAGCCGGGCCCACCCGCUCGAAACCUUCCGACCCCCCGUGUCUGCGGCCUCUCUUGCCUGCCCGGGCCAGACCCUGGAGCUGAGGGUGGGAGGCGGCUCCCGCCCCGGAGGAGGGGGCCGUGGGGGCCGCCGCGGCGGAGCCCGAGCUGGUUUGCCAUGAAAAUGGUUUGUGUAAUCUUGAACAUGUACUCUCCGUGCUGAUGGGACAGGAUCCAACAUGAAUAUAAAUGAUGGAGGAAGACGACGCUUUGAGGAUAAUGAACAUACAUUACGUAUAUAUCCUGGGACAAUUUCAGAAGGGACAAUCUACUGUCCCAUUCCUGCCAGAAAAAACUCUACAGCUGCUGAGGUGAUUGACUCUCUUAUAAACAGACUUCAUCUUGACAAGACAAAAUGUUAUGUUCUAGCAGAGGUGAAGGAGUUUGGUGGAGAAGAAUGGAUCCUCAAUCCAACAGACUGUCCAGUUCAGAGAAUGAUGCUGUGGCCCCGGAUGGCUUUGGAAAAUCGCCUCAGUGGAGAGGACUACCGCUUUCUUCUGAGAGAAAAAAACGUUGAUGGUUCAAUUCAUUAUGGCAGUCUUCAGUCAUGGUUACGAGUAACGGAAGAACGUCGCAGAAUGAUGGAACGGGGUUUUCUUCCACAACCUCAACAGAAAGAUUUUGAUGAUUUAUGUAGUUUACCUGAUUUAAAUGAGAAAACUCUCUUAGAAAACCUACGGAAUCGCUUUAAGCAUGAAAAAAUUUAUACCUAUGUUGGCAGUAUUCUUAUAGUUAUUAACCCAUUCAAGUUUCUUCCUAUUUAUAACCCCAAAUAUGUCAAAAUGUAUGAUAACCACCAAUUGGGAAAACUUGAGCCUCACAUUUAUGCUGUGGCUGAUGUAGCUUAUCAUGCAAUGCUUCAACGCAAGAAGAAUCAGUGCAUUGUGAUUUCUGGAGAGAGUGGUUCUGGGAAGACUCAAAGCACAAAUUUUCUUAUUCAUCACCUUACUGCUCUCAGUCAGAAGGGAUUUGCCAGUGGAGUAGAACAAAUUAUUCUUGGAGCUGGACCAGUACUUGAGGCCUUUGGAAAUGCAAAGACAGCUCAUAACAACAAUUCAAGUCGCUUUGGCAAGUUUAUUCAAGUAAAUUACCAAGAAACAGGCACUGUACUUGGUGCCUAUGUUGAAAAGUAUCUAUUGGAGAAGUCCAGGCUUGUUUAUCAAGAGCAUAAUGAACGGAACUACCAUGUAUUCUAUUACCUCUUGGCAGGAGCAAGUGAAGAAGAGAAAAUAGCAUUUCAUCUUAAAGAACCAGAAGAAUAUCAUUAUCUCAAUCAGAUAACAAAGAAACCCCUCAGACAGAGCUGGGAUGAUUAUUGCUAUGACUCUGAGCCGGAUUGCUUCACUGUGGAGGAUGAGGAUUUGAGGCAUGACUUUGAACGCUUACAACUAGCCAUGGAAAUGGUAGGAUUUCUUCCCAAGACACGAAGACAGAUUUUCUCUCUUCUCUCAGCAAUACUACAUUUGGGUAAUAUCCGUUAUAAAAAGAAGACUUACCGGGAUGACUCCAUAGAUAUCUGUAAUCCUGAAGUUCUGCCUAUUGUCUCAGAAUUAUUAGAAGUUAAAGAAGAGAUGCUAUUUGAAGCGUUAGUUACAAGGAAGACCAUGACAGUGGGAGAAAAGUUUAUUUUACCAUACAAGCUAGCAGAGGCUGUGACAGUGAGGAAUUCUAUGGCGAAGUCUUUAUAUAGUGCCCUUUUUGACUGGAUUGUUUUUCGAAUUAAUCAUGCACUUCUGAAUAGUAAAGAUUUGGAGCAAAAUACCAAGACUUUGUCCAUCGGUGUUCUUGAUAUUUUUGGGUUUGAAGAUUAUGAAAAUAACAGCUUUGAACAAUUCUGUAUUAAUUUUGCUAAUGAGCGUUUACAACAUUACUUUAAUCAGCAUAUCUUUAAAUUGGAGCAAGAGGACUAUAGAACUGAAGGUAUCAGUUGGCAUAAUAUAGACUAUAUUGAUAAUACCUGUUGCAUAAAUCUUAUUAGUAAGAAGCCAACAGGACUGCUCCAUCUUUUGGAUGAGGAAAGCAACUUCCCACAGGCUACAAAUCAAACAUUGCUAGACAAGUUUAAGCAUCAACAUGAAGAAAAUUCAUACAUUGAAUUUCCAGCUGUGAUGGAGCCUGCUUUUAUCAUAAAACAUUAUGCUGGGAAAGUUAAAUAUGGGGUAAAGGAUUUUCGAGAAAAAAAUACAGAUCAUAUGCGUCCAGAUAUUGUAGCUCUUCUGAGAAGUAGCAAGAGUGCAUUUAUCUCUGGAAUGAUUGGAAUUGAUCCCGUAGCUGUUUUCCGAUGGGCAGUGCUUCGAGCUUUUUUCAGAGCCGUGAUUGCUUUCAGAGAUGCUGGGAAAAGACACAUACAGAGAAAAACCGGAAAUGAUGAUUCAGCGCCAUGUACAAAUUUGAAAAGUUCGGAUAGUUUUAGCUUUCUCCAUCACCCUGUCCACCAGAGAAGCUUAGAGAUUCUGCAGAGGUGCAAGGAAGAGAAGUACAGUAUAACACGGAGAAAUCCUAGAACACCUCUUUCUGAUCUGCAGGGCAUGAAUACUCUAAAUGAAAAAAACCAACAGGAUACUUUUGAUAUUACCUGGAAUAGUAGAACUGGGAUUCGCCAGAAUAGAUUAUCAAGUAACUCCUCCCUGCUUGAUAAAGAUGGGAUAUUUGCUAACUCAGCUAGCAGCAAACUUCUGGAGAGAGCCCAUGGAAUUCUCACGAGAAACAAAAACUUGAAACCCAAGCCUGGCCUCCCUAAGAACUUGUUAGAAAUAAAUUCCUUAAAACACCUGACAAGACAGACCUUGCAGGACUGCAUUACCAAGUCUCUUCUUCAUUUGCACAAGAAGAAGAAACCUCCCAGCAUCAGUGCCCAGUUUCAGGCUUCAUUAAGCAAGCUGAUGGAGACACUUGGUCAAGCAGAACCAUAUUUUGUAAAAUGUAUUCGUUCUAAUGCUGAAAAGCUGCCUUUAAGGUUCAAUGAUACUUUGGUGCUUAGACAGCUUCGGUACACUGGGAUGCUGGAGAUCGUUAGAAUUCGCCAGUCAGGAUACAGCUGCAAAUAUUCUUUCCAGGAUUUUGUGAGUCAUUUCCAUGUGCUCCUUCCUCGAAAUAUUAUUCCAUCCAAAUUCAAUAUUCAGGAUUUCUUCAGGAAAAUAAAUAUUAAUCCAGAUAAUUAUCAAGUUGGAAAAUCCAUGGUCUUUCUCAAGGAGCAGGAACGACAGCAUUUACAAGAUCUGCUUCACCAAGAGGUGCUCCGCCGAAUUAUAUUAUUGCAGCGGUGGUUCAGGGUCUUGCUGUGUAGGCAGCAUUUCUUACACCUGAGACAGGCAUCUAUGAUUAUCCAGCGGUUCUGGAGGAAUUACUUAAAUCAGAAACAAGUCAGAAAUGCAGCUGUGCAGCCUGAUGCUUUAGUUAUAGCUAGUGCAGCCACUAUUCUCCAGGCUUCCUGGCGUGCUCACAUAGAGAGGCAACGAUUCUUGGAGCUCCGGACUGCAGCUAUCAUCAUUCAGCAGAGGUGGAGAGGACACUCUAGGCGGAGACACUCUGCUGCUGUCCAUAUACAGGCAGGAUGGAAAGGCUACAGGGAAAGGAAGAAGUACCAAGAAUUAAGGAGUAGAAUUAUUCUUUUGCAGUCAGCAUGUAGAGGAUUCAGAACAAGACAAAGAUUUAAAGCUUUAAAAGAACAAAGAGUAAAAGAAAUAAAACAAAAUCUUGGACUGGUGAAUAUUGAGUCAUCUGGACUUCUGAAAAUUCAGGGUUCCAACCCUUCAGAAUGGGAGGAUUGCUCCUUCGACAACAGAAUAAAAGCCAUAGAGGAAUGUAAAUCCAUGAUAGAGGGUCAUCGAAUUAGCUAUGAAAGUUCAGAGGACUUGAAGGAGUCCGAAAACAGCCGGCAGGAGAGAACCAGAAGCCAAAGUGGUACCAGCUUGCAGGAAGAUGUGAUCGUAAGAGAAAGACCUAAGUCCUUGGAGGAUCUCCACCAGAAGAAAGUUGGCCGGGCCAAAAGAGAAAGUCGGAGAAUGAGAGAACUAGAACAAGCUAUAUUUAGCUUAGAAUUGCUGAAAGUUCGUUCUCUUGGGGGUGUGUCGCCUUCAGAGGAACGAAGGUGGUCUACAGAAUUGAUUUCUGAGAGCCUUCAGUCUCUACAGGGCACACCUGAGAGUGAAAGCUCUCAGGGAAGUUUGGAACUUCUGAGCUGUGAAGAAAAUCAAAAGAGCAAACCAGAUGAGGAGGACUUUCAGCCUCAGUCACCGAAGAUACCUAGCAGCCCAAAGUUGGAUUCACAGGAGAGGACCGGCAGUGCCUCAAGUGAUACUAACUGUGCAUUGAUUCAUAAGGGGGCACCCUCUGAGUCGGUGCAUUUGAAGAAUGGAACUAUGAAAGAAAAGUUAGUUAGUACUUCUCAAUCUAUUGCCUCUAAGCCACAGAUGAGAGACUCCUUUAUUUCAAAUAGUCUGCCAACAUUUUUUUAUAUUCCUCAACAAGACCCACCGAAAACUAGUUCCCAACUGGAUACGAGUUUUAAGAGAAACAAGCUCUUGGAAAAUAAAGAAAUGCUUCCAACUCUUCCUCUGGAUAUCAGUAGGGAAGCUGGAGAGAAGUAUCACUUCUCAGGAGAAAAUCCAGUUGUUACUUCUUUGAAUUCAGAUUCUUCUAAUACUGUGCUUAAGAAGUUAGAAAAGCUAAACACUGAGAAGGAAGAAAGGCAGAAGCAGUUGCAGCAGCAGAAAGAAAAGGAGAUGAUGGAACAGAUUCGACAACAGACAGGCAUUUUAGAGAAGGAGCGUAAAGCCUUUAAGACAGUUGAAAAGCCAAAAAUUGGGGGAUCUCUUCUGCCAUCAUCUACUCAUCAGUCAAAACAAAGAGUAGAGAGGCCAUCCUCUCUCAUCCUAAAUACUGUAAAUAAAGGAGAACCCAGUGUACUAUGGCCUCCAUCAGUGAAUGUUAAAGGUGAAGCUCUUGCUCCAAAAGUCAGCCCCUCCACUCACUUACCCCCAAAGGACCGGCCUGUCACCCUGUUCUUUGAAGCAAAAGGAGGCUCCUGCCAAUCUAGCACUGUCAAGAAUUUGCACAAAACAGAUAAAAUGUGUCCCCAGCUGAAUGUAUCCUCUAAACGCUCCAAUAAUCGCAUUUCAAAAAGAGAACAUUUUAGAUCUUCUCAGUCGUAUAGUCACAAAUCUGAUGACCCUUCCAGAAAUGAAACUACUAGGGCCAUUUUCUUCACACCAAAAGACAAUAUGAAUACUUCACUUAUAAGUAAAGAAGCCUUAAGCAGUGAAAAUCCUCAAUCUCAUAAAAUAAGUGAAUCAGCCUGGAAGCCUGUGAAGUUUAUUGGGCCAGGUCAAGGAGAGGUUGCCAGACCGGCCCAUAAAAAGAAAGCUCGAAUGGCGCGGACGCGCUCCGAUUUCUUGACUAGAGGUACUUUUGCCGAUGGGGAGGGGGACACAGAGGAAGAUGAUUACGAUGACAUUAUUGAGCCCCCUCUCUCCCUUGACCAAGCUCCUCACUCUGAGCUAGGCUCUGCAUCCAGCCUGGGUCAGGCCUCUCAUAGUGACUCCGAAAUGACAUCACAACGGUUUUCUUCAGUUGAUGGAGAAACAAAGAUUCAUAAGACUAUGUCUCAAGGAGAGAUUGCAAAGCUGGCAACAAGACAAAAGACUUCAGAUUCAGAACUAAGUAGACCUCAGAAGGCUAAGAUAAGAUUCUGGGCCAAAGGGAAACAAGGGGAGAAGAAAAAUACCAGAGCGAAACUCGACAUCCAAACAGAAGUUUCAGCACUUUAUGCUGGCUCAGAAACGAUUCCAGCUCAUCAAUAUUCAGAUGAAUUAUCUCAGAAUCAGCCAUCACCUCCUUUGAGCCCAGAAUUACAUGGUAGUUGCCGGAAGGAAUUCAAAGAGAACAAAGACCCUUCUCCAAAGGCAAAGCGUAAGGGAAGUGUCAAGAUCAGCAGUGUGGCUUUGGAAUCUGUGCAUUGGCAAAAUGAUUCUGUCCAAAUCAUAACAAGUGCCAGUGAUUUAAAAAGCAUGGAUGAAUUUCUCCUGAAAAAGAUGAAUGACCUAGAUAAUGAAGACAGCAAGAAAGAUACACUAGUGGAUGUUGUAUUUAAAAAAGCUCUGAAAGAAUUUAGGCAGAAUAUCUUCAGCUUUUAUUCAUCUGCAUUGGCUAUGGAUGAUGGGAAAAGCAUACGGUAUAAAGAUCUCUAUGCACUAUUUGAACAGAUUCUGGAAAAGACCAUGAGACUUGAGCAGCGUGAUUGGAGUGAAUCUCCAGUCAGAGUUUGGGUCAAUACUUUUAAAGUGUUUUUAGAUGAAUAUAUGAACAAAUUCAAGACUUUAGACUGCGUUGCCACAAAGGUGCCAAAAACAGAAAGAAAGAAAAGAAGGAAAAAAGAAACAGAUUUAGUGGAAGAGCACAACGGUCACAUCUUUAAGGCUACACAAUAUAGCAUUCCUACAUACUGUGAAUACUGUUCUUCUUUGAUAUGGAUAAUGGAUCGAGCUUCUGUUUGUAAAUUAUGCAAGUAUGCUUGUCAUAAGAAGUGCUGUUUGAAAACUACAGCCAAAUGCUCCAAAAAGUAUGAUCCAGAACAAUCAUCUCGACAAUUUGGGGUUGAACUGUCUCGUUUGACCAGUGAAGACAGAACAGUUCCUUUAGUUGUGGAAAAGCUUAUAAACUACAUUGAAAUGCAUGGACUUUAUACAGAAGGUAUUUACCGAAAGUCUGGUUCAACUAAUAAAAUAAAGGAGCUUCGACAAGGUCUCGAUACAGAUGCUGAAAGUGUUAACCUAGAUGACUAUAACAUACAUGUCAUUGCAAGUGUAUUCAAACAAUGGCUUCGGGAUUUGCCCAAUCCACUCAUGACCUUCGAACUCUAUGAGGAAUUUCUUCGAGCUAUGGGUCUUCAGGAGAGGAAGGAGACAAUCCGUGGUGUGUAUUCUGUGAUUGACCAGCUCUCCCGAACUCAUCUCAAUACCCUGGAACGCCUUAUAUUUCAUCUAGUCAGGAUUGCUCUACAGGAAGACACUAAUCGAAUGUCUGCUAAUGCUUUGGCCAUUGUGUUUGCUCCCUGCAUCCUUCGCUGCCCAGACACUAUUGAUCCACUACAGAGUGUGCAGGACAUCAGUAAGACCACCACCUGUGUGGAACUGAUUGUUGUGGAACAAAUGAAUAAAUAUAAAGCUCGUCUCAAAGACAUAAGUAGUCUGGAAUUUGCUGAAAGUAAAGCAAAGACCAGACUUUCACUGAUUCGUCGAUCAAUGAAACCUGUACUAAUUGCAGUUAGAUUUAUGAGCAUUACCCGCAGUUCAGUUUCGGGAAAAGGGCGUCUCCGUCGAGGAAACUAUCCAAGUCCAUCAUCUCCUGUUGUUCGGUUGCCCUCCAUGUCUGAUGUUCCAGAAGAUUCUUUGUCUACUGAGGCAGCCAUGGAGACUGACGUCACAGAACAACAGCAAGCAGCAAUGCAGCAAGAGGAGAGAGUACUGACGGAACAGAUUGAGAAUCUACAGAAAGAAAAGGAGGAGCUAACAUUUGAGAUGCUUGUACUAGAACCCCGUGCCUCCGAUGAUGAGACGCUUGAGUCUGAAGCUUCCAUUGGCACUGCUGAUAGCUCCGAAAAUCUGAAUAUUGAGUCUGAAGGGACCAUCUCUGAAAAAUCAGAGAGAAGUUUAGGCCAUAGCUCCCUGAAGGCAGCUUACAAAUCUGAACCUUCAAGCAAGUUACGGAAGCAGUUAAAAAGGCAUCAAGACUCUUUGGAUUCAGUGGACUCAUCAGCCUCUUCUUUUUGUCCAUCUAACACUUCAUCUUCUCAUGGGACCAGAAAACGAUUUCAGAUUUAUUCCAAAUCUCCAUUCUACCGAGCUGCCUCAGCUGGUGAGGCCCCAGCAAUGGAAGGGCCAUUGGGCCAGAGCAAAUCCCUAGAAGAUAGGCCUCAGUUUAUCAGCAGAGGAACCUUUAACCCUGAAAAGGGAAAACAAAAAUUAAAGAAUGUGAAAAACUCACCUCAGAAAACCAAAGAGACCCCCGAGGGGACAGUUGUAUCUGGUCGCAGGAAAACUGAGGACCCAGACGGCAGCUCCACCCAACAGCUAGCUCUCUUUGGAAAUAAUGAGUUUAUGGUUUGAAAUGACAGAUGUGUGUCCUUUGAUGGCUACAGAGUGGUAAACACAUCUCAUCUUUGGGGCCUCUUCCCAUCAACUCACCCACAGCAGCCCAUCCUAAUUGUGGUCCUGCUUUUUUGCCAAGUAUACAAGGAAGAUCUUGUAUGCUGAAUUCCUGGGCCUCUGCAGAAGUGGAAAGGCCUCUCAUACCUGUUAGGGAUGGUGCCCGCUGUGCCUUGGCUGCUGUAUUUGACUAGAAAUUUCACUAAACAUAGUCACCGAGGGCUGGGGAUUUGUCGGCUGUGAGGUCUUGGUAGUUGCCUCUCCUCCAUCUUUUCCCUUCCCAGGGUGGGUGUGGAACUGAGGGAUGGAUAUUGUGGGCCUGAGGACCCACUGAUUCCUGACAUUUAAAGAAAACAUAAAUUUUUCUUAACCAUAAAAGCAAAAGCCUUGGGUUUAUUUUAAGAUAAUUAGGAGCUGGUGUAGGAUAUCAUCCCCCCCCCCAAGAAUUUAUAAACAAAAUGCCUAAGCCCUCUAUUAUGAGAUUUUUUUGGAUACACUCCAUGUUAUAUUCUGGGGAAAGUAAAGAAGCAGUUAUUUCUAUUAAGCCAUCAGAUCCUGUCUCAGACAUCUAGUUACACAAUGACAAAAAAAAAACAUGUUUUGCUUUUCAAUGAUAUUUGAUGUCCAAUGAAUAAAUGCUGGUAUGACUUCUGGUUAGUUCCUGCCGAGUACGUGGCAUGGGCUGAAGUCUCAGUAGCCAUCUCUCCUUACAUCCCCGGCUGCUGGACCCAGACUCCUCUGAUUUUGGGGGAGGGAAAGCCCCAGAGACAUAGUUGUCCCUGAACAUGAGGGUUUCAUCCUGAUUCAUCCAGGCUUUUCUCUUUAUGGAAAUGAAACUGAAGCUCACACGAGUAAGGGAAUUCAUCUGCUGGUGAAUUCUACCACACGUUCAAACAGAUAAUGUGACCAUUUAAUCAUUUUUCCCCAAAACAUUCACAAACUAUACUGCAUGAAUAAGUGUUACCUAAAACUGCCAAAAAAUGAAAGAGAAAAGUCUUUAAUGUAUAACCCAGUUCAUUUUUAUCUUGUUUUCCUCAGACCAUCAGUAUUAAGUAGGUUUUUUUAAAAAAAGGACUACUUGAAGCUAUUUUUGUUAAUAUUCUCGUUACUGAAGUUUACUGUAAAUAUAUAAGUAGCAUAUGCAUAUUUCUGUUUAACUUUAUGCUUCCCUUCUCCUGUAGUUUCUCCCACAGAUUAGAGGUCAGUGGACAGGGGAGUGAGAACCACUCCACACUGGACUGAGGGAAAAGUCAAACCAUCUUUUGCACCUUUGGGUGUCUCUACACACCUGAAUUAUGAUAGCAUUUUAUGCUUCUUAGCAUUUGUGGGAUUAGAAAUCUGUUUGUUCCUAUUUAUAAUAUAUGAAAAAUGAAACAUGUUACUCAGAUAAGUAUGUGAAAAUGUUUAUUUUUAAAGUUACUAAAUGCAUCUUGUCUAACAUGCACUGUUCAAGAAAAAAACAAAAAAACAAAAACAAAAAAAGAGCCUUUUACCAUCUAUAACCUGAAUUUUGGUUAUUCUUUCUUUGAUACUUUGAAGUAUGGAAAUACAAAGACUUUCUCUAGCAGACAUCUGGUCACCUGUUACACAACACUGAACCUCAUGCCACCAGUGCAGUGGUCAUUGUUCAGCCUCAGAGGUCAGGCUUGGAUCAUCAUCUGAGUGGCAGCUAGUGGUAGCAGCAGGCUGACCCGCCCUGGUUUGGAUUCAGGCGUGAGCUAGGGUCAGGACACUUCUUAAAAAUCUCCAGAACAUUUUUUUUUUUAAUCUUCAGAACAAUUAUGCUUAGAUUUGUGUAUCCCACAAACAUUCUGCUACCUUGUUGAUGCUGUCCUGAGGAAGAAACAGUUUGAAACCCUCAUGAACCUGAACUUUAUGGUAGUUCUCAGAGGAAAAGCCAGUCCAUUGGUGGGCUUAUGUCAGCACGGGAUUAAUAGAGACCCCUUGCCUGGAUGCACACUUUGCAGUAUUCUUGGGAGAGUGGCAUCCUGCUGGGAUUAGCUCAGUUUGCUUCAGAACAUUUUCUAAAUGUUAUAUGAGAAAGAGAGUAUUCCUCUGGAGCAGAGGAUGGCUAGGAGAACACAUCUUGACAGUAUGUUCUUCUUAAGUAGUUCUGUGUGUUGUUGUUUGUUGUUUUUUGUUCCGUUUUCUUUCCCCAACAUAAGUUUUGGGCAGUUAAAAAAACUAUCAUAUAGGUCACUUUAUGAGAACAAGGUGAUGGAUAUUGAGACUAAUUUUUCUCAGGGACCUGAAACCUGAAUUUGGAUACAGUUAAAUAAAAAUUUUUCAGUUGCUAGAUUUGUGGAUUUCUAGUCAUUUAACAAGCUGCAAGAAUGGAGGGAUCUGGGGAGGGAAGAGCUACACAUGUGUAAGGUUGGAGAACAAGUGUGGGACACUCCCUUUGAAAAAAAUGAUACUGUUCUCAUUAGAUAACAGGCAUUGUUUGAAGCCAUUUAGUCUUAAAAGUUAUCAGAGCCAAAUACUAUAAAUCCUUAUAUCUAAUCUUAAUUGUUCUUCGUGAUCACUGUUAUGUCAUCACGAAAUGAUGCUGCAUUACAGUCACUUAACGAUUUAAGAUAUUUAAUCUUAAUAUGUGUCAAAUUUGUUUUCUGUUCUCCUUUGCUAGUUUUCUUUGAUCUUGCCUCAACGAAAUCCUGCAUAGGUAGCAAUGGGGUCACUCCAGAUUUAUAGCCCAUACUCCAAGAUGGAGAAUAUUCUGUUUAUAUCACACAUUUCCAGCCCCAACAAUGCCCAUCAAAGCAAACAUAUCCCUUUAAUUGCAUAAAUACCAUGGAAAAUGUAAUGGAAACAUUUUUGAGUCAUUUUGUAUGUCACAAGGUAAAAUAAACAGCAAAUGAAGGAUUCAAGGAGAUGACAUGUUUAGUUUGUAAUGCACUUUGUACUAACUGCCAUUUUAAUUGUUUUGCCACUCUUGGCUUCCCAAACCACAGAUACAGCCUUCCCAUUGAGGGAUCUGAGGUCGGGGUAGGAUACCAGAGCCCCAUCUUCACCUGCUUUGGAGAACAGGGAUAGUUCUGAACCUGUGGGUCAGUGAGUGAAGACUUUUAUUCCAUAUUCCAUUGCAAUAGGGUUUCAGAGUCAGAGGAUCUGAGGUGGGUGCAGAAAAGAGGAGGUUUCUCCUACCCCCAACUCCUCCCCAGUUCUACAGUCCUACUUUGCCUGUGAGCCAUGUGUUUUGUUUUUGUUUUAAACGAUAAUGAAUGUUUUCAUAAGCACUUUGGUGAAUUAGAAGGAAGUAUUCUCAGGAUGUGUUUGAGCUAAGAGAGUUUUAAUUUCAAAAAAAAAAAAUGAAACAAAUUUUAGGUGGCUUUCCUCAUCCUCCUCUCUGCCUUUUGCCCUUGCUGGGGAGCUGGGCAUGGAGCAUGCAUCAUUCUCUGUUGACAGAUGUGUUAUGUUUACUCACACUUUAGUGAUGCCUCCACAGUCCUCUUCCCCAGCACAGUGGUAACCUUGGUGGCAAAAAUUACUUGUAUUUGUGGGAAUUCUUUGUCUUUCUUUGUCUUUAAUAUGCUUAACCACUUUUCUCUGGAACUGCUCCCACUUAUAUUUGGUAUCUGAAGGUCAUAGCCAAAUGAUGAUUGUGGAAAUAGAUCUAUUUGGUAUUUUGGUCUCUUGGCUGCAACUGAUUUCAACAAAUGUCCCACCGUGGGUCCUAUUACCUUGCUAUCUAUUCAUACUAAAUAUUUAUCAGCCCUCUUAGGUCACAUAAAACUUAAACCUUUUGAACCAAGUAAUUGUAUUUACUGGAAGAAAGGUGUUGACUACAGAUUAGUGUUAUAUUAUUUUAAUGGAUCUAAAGUAAUUUAUAAGUAUGCUAAGUGUAAAUUUUUAAAAGACUUUGUAUUGUAAAGGGACAUAUCCUGUGAAUUAUAAUAUCAUUUUACUGUUUAACAGAGUAAUUCUAUAAGAAGAAUGACUUAUCCACAGAACUGAUUACAUUCCUGAUACAAUCAAUAGGCACUUUGUAAUUUUUUUUCGGGGUUUAUUUUUGUUUUGUUUUGGAGGGGGGAGCAAUAUCAUCUGUAUAAAGUGCAGUUUGUGCCACUCAAAAUAUGCACUGUAUGGCUACACAGAAGCAGCUUGACGAACAAAUCACUCCAUGGCUCAUUAAAGAACAAAGCUUCCCAAAGCA